CCCCGCCCCCGCCGCGUCCCCGCCCCCUCGGCCGCUCCGCUCCCUGGCGUGACUCGGCACUGAGCGCCCCGGAGAAGCGCCGCCGUCGCCGCCGCCGCCUUCUCCGUCCAGGCCUGGGCCUCCCUGCGCCUCCGCGGCCUCUCCCGCCGCUGCGCCUCUCGAUUUCCAGCCGGUGGCGUCGCGGUCGCCCCGCCGGGCCCUGUGAGGAUGGUGGGAGUGAAGCCGGUCGGCAGCGACCCGGAUUUUCAGCCGGAGCUGAGCGGCGCGGGCUCCAGGCUCGCCGUGGUCAAGUUCACCAUGCGAGGGUGCGGACCAUGUCUAAGGAUUGCCCCAGCAUUCAGUUCUAUGAGUAAUAAGUAUCCACAGGCAGUCUUCUUGGAAGUAGAUGUACAUCAGUGUCAGGGAACAGCUGCCACCAACAAUAUAUCAGCAACACCUACAUUUUUGUUUUUUCGAAACAAAGUGAGAAUUGAUCAGUAUCAAGGAGCAGAUGCUGUGGGAUUAGAAGAAAAGAUCAAGCAGCAUUUAGAAAAUGACCCUGGAAGCAACGAGGAUACAGAUAUUCCAAAAGGCUAUAUGGAUUUAAUGCCUUUUAUUAACAAAGCUGGCUGUGAAUGUCUUAAUGAAAGCGAUGAGCAUGGAUUUGACAACUGUUUACGAAAAGAUAUGACCUUCUUGGAAUCUGAUUGUGAUGAACAGCUACUUAUUACUGUGGCAUUCAAUCAACCUGUUAAGCUUUAUUCAAUGAAAUUUCAGGGGCCAGAUAAUGGUCAGGGUCCUAAAUAUGUAAAAAUUUUUAUCAAUCUACCCCGAUCUAUGGAUUUUGAAGAGGCAGAAAGAAGUGAACCAACUCAAGCUCUGGAACUAACAGAGGAUGAUAUUAAAGAAGAUGGUAUUGUCCCACUUCGUUAUGUGAAGUUUCAGAAUGUUAACAGUGUAACUAUAUUUGUUCAAUCCAAUCAAGGUGAAGAAGAAACAACAAGAAUUUCAUAUUUUACCUUCAUUGGUACUCCAGUCCAGGCAACAAAUAUGAAUGACUUCAAACGAGUAGUUGGCAAAAAAGGAGAAAGCCAUUAAGGUACAGAAGACACUGGAAGACCACAUUGCAAUCAGAUCUACAGCUCCUGGAUAAUUGCUUGAUUCUCACCAGAGACUGUCAAUAUUCCAUUCAUUGCCAUUACCAAUAAAUCAUUGCUUUUGUUCAGAUGGUAUCAUUAGUGUUUCUAUUGUAAUCUUGAUACAUGCAAUUGUAAAUAAAAGUCAUACUUUUGCCAA